AGUAUUACAAACAUGAACGCCAUCUUGAUCCUCGCACUUCUUGGCCUAGCUGGCUUGGUUUACGGUGGUGGAUACGGCCUUGGAUAUGGUGGCUACGGCCAUGGCUACGGUCUCGGCUAUGGUUACGGGCAUGGUGUCGGCUACGGAGGCUACGGUCACGGCUACGGCCAUGGCUAUGGCGUGGGUCACGUCACUAAGAUCGCUCACGUGGGUGGAGGGAAAGGAUACAGCGCAGGCGUCCACUACGGAUCCGUCCACACACUUGGACACGGAUAUGGCGGCCAUGGACUCGGCUACGGCUACGGCCGUGGUCUCGGCUAUGGUUAUGGCGGCUUUGGCCACGGUGGCGUCGCCGUCAAGGCUGUGGGUCUUGGCUACGGCCAUGGCUUUGGUUACGGUCACGGCUACGGCUAUCAUGGUUAAGCUGCUUCUAGUGUUGAGGUGUUUAAUAAAUAGAAAUAUUCAUAUGGGGACCUGCACGUACAAACACAAGAGCCCGGUGCCUGAGUGAAAUAAAAUGUUCCUAACAUCUUCACU